UUAGAGACUUUUUUUGGUGGUGGUGGUGGUUGCUGUUUUUGGAAAGGAAAACAUUUCACAGAGUCCUUUUUUCCUUGCAGUGUAUUGCAUGCAUCUAGACCGUUCCACACAGGUCAGCACUGUUUGGCUCCUUUACCACCUCUCCCUGAGAAAGGAGGGCAAGUUCGUCAUGGGUUGAUCCCGGAAGAAUUUUUCCAGUUCCUUUAUCCUAAAACUGGAGUUACAGGACCCUAUAUGUUGGGGACUGGGCUCCUGUUCUACCUUCUCUCCAAGGAAAUCUAUGUAGUCAACCAUGAAACAGUUGCUGGUGCCUUCAUAGUGGGAAUCCUCAUCUAUGCAGUUAAAAAAUAUGGGGCUGAUGUAGCAGCUUUUGCUGAUAAGCUCAAUGAGGAGAAAGUUGCCAAAGCUUUAGCUGCGAAAAAUAAUUCAAUCAACCAACUGGAGUCAAUAAUUGAACAGGAAAAGAAGGAGCAAUGGAGGGUUGAAGGCCGUGGUUAUCUCUUUGAUGCCAAGCGGAAUAACGUUGCUAUGGUGCUAGAGACUAGCUACCGAGAGAGGCUGCUCACUGUAUACAAUGAAGUGAAGAAGCGGCUGGACUAUCAGAUCGCUGUACAGCAACUGACACGUCGUAAGGAACAAGAGCACAUGAUCAGCUGGAUAGAGAAGAAUGUUGUCCAGAGCAUCACUCCCCAACAGGAGAAGGAGAGCAUUGCCAAGUGCAUCUCAGAUUUGAAGAUGUUAUCGAAGAGCACACAGAUGGCAGCAUAACACUGCAGCAUUGAAUUUCAGUCAGCUUUGUGUGGCUUCUGUGAUCUGCUGUUGGAAACUGUACAUCUGUAACUCUCAAUUAAAAUCACUUCUGUACUCUCCUUGUCUCAGAAGUAGCACUAAACUAGCAGCCGUCCAGGCUGUGUUUAUGACAGUGAAUUCUGAUGUGUGACCAGGUACCUAUGUAUUUGUACCAGUUUGUUUUUAAGCAGGAAUUAGGAUUCUGCCAAUGAAUAAAAACACAACUCUUCCUUUGUUAAAGCCAAA